AUGCAGUUAUUUCUUAAAUGUUUUUUGUAUAUCUUUUUCCAUCUAAACAAUUUUGUUGAAUCUUUUACGGAAAAAUCAUACAAACCAAAUGGAUUACUGAACGUUUAUAAGCCUUACGGAGUAUCCUCUACAUACGUAUGUAACAAAAUAAAGAGUAUAAUAGAAGAUAAUUUUCCAAAAAACAAACGUUUAAAGAUAAGAGUGGGUCACGGAGGAACUCUAGAUAAAUAUACGGAAGGAGUCCUUGCAAUUGGAAUAGGAGAAGGGACUAAAAUGCUCGAAAACUAUCUUAAAGGAGACAAAGAGUAUAUAUGUACUGGGACUUUUGGGUUUGAAACCGAUACAAAUGACAUUCUUGUUAGUUUAACAAAAAUAAUUGUGGAUCAGGGUAAAACAAUCUACACGGCUAAUUGGGAAUACAUAACAGACGAAUUGCUUGGAAAGGCUAUAAGAAGUCUUAAAGGGUUCCAGGUCCAAGAAUCACCUACAUAUUCAGGUUUCUUUAUUUUAAAAUAA